AACGAAGAGGGGGAGAGAGAGAGAUUUUUUUUUCAGUUGAAUAUACUGAUAAAAAAAUGGGGUCAAUGGCAAAGAAGGGUUUGCAACAGUACUUGCUACAGCUUCAAAAACAUCCUCUUCGAACAAAGGCAAUAACUGCGGGAGUGCUGUCAGCAAUAAGUGAUAUAGUGGCUCAGAAGAUCACCGGCAUUCAAAAACUUCAAAUCAAACGGCUCCUUCUUAAAGUGCUUUUUGGCUUUGCAUAUCUUGGACCAUUUGGUCACUUUCUUCAUCUAGUGCUUGACAAAAUUUUCAAGGGCAAAAAAGAUCCAAAGACAGUUGCCAAGAAGGUGGUGCUUGAACAAGUGACAUCUUCACCUUGGAACAACUUGCUUUUCAUGCUAUAUUAUGGACUAAUUAUCGAAGGAAGACCGUGGGUCCAAGUGAAGUCAAAUGUGGCACGAGAGUACCCGAAAAUCCAGUAUACAGCUUGGACGUUCUGGCCAGUUGUGGGAUGGGUGAAUCACCUCUAUGUACCCCUCCAGUUCAGAGUCAUCUUUCAUAGUGUUAUAGCCUGCUGUUGGGGAAUCUUUCUGAAUCUCCGUGCGAGGACAGUGGCAUUAAAGAAGGGUUAAAACCAGACUCUCAGCCAUGAAUAAUGUAUGUGUAGUUCAAUGUUACGCACUUUUAGAACGAUUUCCACAAAGCCAUUUAUCGAUAGGGUCGCGAGGACGAAUAAAUUUACAAAGAAUGCAUUUGUUGGUGGAUCAUAUAUGUGUACCUCUACCAUUUUACUUUGUCAAAUGAUUAUGCGUUUAUUUCAUUCGAAUCCCAUUCUUCUCUUCGAUACUCUCGUAAAUGACAAAUCCCAGCUAAUUGUACGACUGCUUUUGGGCGUCUCAGGGAUAGCUGUUGGCAUUCCUCCUUAAUUUUUUUGGGUGAAUUACAAGUCUCUAUUUGGCAAGAGUGCUAAAAUUAUUGU